AUGGCUCCAGCUGCCGAAGGACCGAGGCGGUUUGCCGCCUCCACUACCGUCGGACAGCUGCCUCCGACCACGACGACGACGUUUACAACCUUCUCAUUUCCUCCCUGGACAACAGGUGAUGAUGACACGGCCGACAACAAACCCGCGGUCAGGCAUCGGCAGGUCAAGAGGCAGGGCGUCGUGAGCAGCUCAACCGCCACCUCCACCACGCUUCUGCCUCCGCUUCCAUCCGGGCCGCCGGGUCCGCCUCCACCGGGUCCGCCUCCGCCUGGCCCCGACCUCGACCCCGACCCCGGCUACGACAGUGAGGAGAGCCUGAGCGGGGAUGGAGAGACAAGUGAUGAAGAAGACGGAGUUCUGGACAAUUUCAUCACAGAUCCAAGCUCCGGGAACGAGAAGGAGGUGGACACCACAUCUACAGCUUUGCCUUCCAGCACAAGAUCUUCAACGAUCGUAUCCGCUACGGGCUCUGCCACCGAGGUUCCUUCCCCAACAUCACCGGACGCCGUCCUUGCCACCGAAACAAGCAGCUCGAAUGAGAAUGAAACCUGGCCAUCGCCUUCCGACUACGACGGCCCGACCUCGGCCUUGGAAUCAUCUGGCCGCGGUGAUGAUGACUUCCACCGUGGACCUUCGCCCAGGCAACGGCACCACAAGAAUCUGGAGAUUGCUCUCUCUGUUCUGAGUGCAAUAGUUGGUGUCUGCCUUUUGGUGGUCCUGUCUGCCGCCAAUGUUUGCCCAGCGAAGGGAGUCCCAGCAGAGCGAGACCCAGCAAAGGCAGUCCAGACAAUCGGGUUCCCAGCAGAGCGAGUCUCGGGAGAGCGAGUCCCAAGGCAGUCCAGACAAUCGGGUUCCCAGCAAUCGGACUCGCAGCAGGUGGUGGCUGACGCCGACCCGUCGGCCGAGCAGAACCCCAAGAUCAAGCUGGCAGAUGUGGACGAGCUAGGUCUCUCGGCCAGUGGCAACACCCUGACGACGGGCGACAUCCAGAUUGACCCGCGAUCGCAGUACCGGCCCCCGCCCGUCUCCCCCACGGGAUCGUCCAUCUCAUCGGCCUUUGGAAACGGCACCUUCAUCCCGCCCACGCCAAGGGAACCGCCCGCGGCGCUCCGCGACACGAUGCGCUCGGGUUACUUUGCGGACGAGAACCUACCCUUCCCGCUGAUGCCACCGCCCACCCGGCGAGACACGACGUACACGCAAUCGUCGGUGUCGUCGGAGCCGCGCUUCAGGACGGUGAGCUCAUGGGUAGGUCAGCAGACGAGACGCAUAGGACGCGAGCCUGCUCCGCCCGUUCCCGAGCAGGGGUACGGACUGAUGAUGCCGGACGACCAGGAGCCGAGACGUGUAUCUGGAGUGCCACCGCCGCCACCCUUGCCUCAAGAUAUCACUGGGUUUACUGCAGAUAAGAGAUGA